GAAAUUGCUGAACACUUACCAUUCUCAUCAGAAAAGAAAAAUGAAAUAUUAGAGAUUUUGGGUGUGAAGCCAUAGUCUAAGAAUGCUGAGAAUGUGGAGGAAAGUCUGAAGAUCUGUGAAGAGCCUGCAAUGAAGGGUGAAGAAAAACAUUGUGCAACUUCAUUAGAAUCCAUGGUAGACUUUGUCACUUCUAAACUUGGGAAGAACGUCCAUGUCACUUCUACAGAGGUAGAAAUUGAAAGCAAGUCCCAAAAGUUCAUAGUGAAAGAUGGAGUGAAGAUUUUAGCAGAAGAAGAGAUAGUUGCAUGUCACCCAAUGAAUUACCCAUAUGGUGUGUUUUACUGCCAUCAGAUAUCAAAUAGCACUGCACAUUUUGUGCCAUUGGAGGGAGAAGAUGGAAGUAGGGUUAAAGCUGUAGCAGUGUGCCACAAAGACACAUCAGAAUGGGAUCCAAACCAUAUUGCAUUCCAAGCUCUCAAAGUCAAGCCUGGAACCAUUCCUGUUUGUCAUUUUUUCCCUGAGGCUCAUCAUCUUCUUUGGUAUGCUAAAUAGGGUAAUUAACUAAACCUAUCAUGCCAGGAAUACUAUCCUUAAAUUAAAUAAGGCAUUUCUGGAUUGUGUGAUCAUGUACUCUUUCAGCUUUGUUCAGAUUUAUGUAAGAUAUCAUGAACGUAAAAAUAAUGAUGAUGUGAUGUAUGUUUUGUGUUU